AAUUUCAAGCAGAAAAGCAGGAAAUGUGACAGUGUAGUUUUCCGCUUCCAUAAACAAGACGACUGCCAGAGUUAGCCGCCAGUCCUGUGUGCCUCUGGGCUGAGUCUCCCUCUGAGGUAGACAGACAUACUGACAGAGAAAGUGGGCAAGGAAGGAGAGAGGGAGAAAGUGAGAGAACAGGAAAAGUGGAGGCAGAAAGACAGGAAAAUCCAUCAGAAGAAAAGAGAGACAGGCAAGAAUUGACAGAAGAGGAAAAGGGAGAAGAAAAGAGAGUAAACGACAGACUGAACUGAGUAUCAGUCUCUCUUUUCCUCUAACAGAACAGAGUCAUGGCUGAGAACAACACAAAUCUCUUUCUGGAAAUACUUCAUUCUUUCGAUGCUGUCCCUCUGAUCAUUGCUUUCUGUGUGUCCAUGGCGGUGGGCUUGGUCUUGGGGGCCCUGGUAUAUGUGAUCUUGACAUGGAUGUCCCGACGCAGAGCAGGCUCUGCCAGCAUCACCCGCCGCCCUCCUCGCCAAUCACGCACGUCUUCCCGCAACCGUCCGGGCUUUAACCGCAACAGCAGCUACGACCGGCGCAGCAACAACAGUUUGGUCAGUGCUGCUUUCAGCUUCCACCGCCAGACUUCCUCCCCAGAUCACCUUGAUCCACUGGGGCACAAAUCCAGCUUCAGAGCCUCCACCUUCCACCCUCUCAUCCAGUGCAGCCAAAUCGCGAGGGAGGCAGAGGAAGGUAGCCAGACCACACUGCCUCGUACACCGACUCUGACCACAUCGAUUGGAUCAGCUCAAACAGCAGCCCAGCCGGCUUCCACUCCACCCAGACCCGAGUCAUUUUGGGGGAACAACAGCCUGAGGGGUUUCCAUGCUACACAGACCCCACCUCCAGCUUAUGAGAGCAUUAUUAGAGCUUAUCAGGAAACAUGCACCUGAGAGGAGUGAGAGCACCAGGGUGACUCUAACUAAAUGAGCCCAGAGUUGUAAAUGGAUUUACAAAUGAUAUUGGACUAAAUCUGUAUUGAUUUAUAUGACCAGGUGAAGCUGAGGGGAGGGAACAAGGACAUCAAGGUUUAUUGUGUGCCCUGCUCAACAGAAUAACACUCUGAAACAACAAUCAGUUUUAUAUGUCUUUCGGUUUGUUAAUAUAUAUCUGGUGUUGACAUAAGCAUACUUGCCUUUCAUCAUUUAAUACUGAUGUAUGAUAUUUAAAAACAGUCAUUUGACACUCAGAAAUGUGGCAAUGGCUGCUUAUGAAAAUAGAAUAUUCCUCUUAAAUAUUAGCACUCUGUAUUAAGUGGUGAUUGACACUCAUGUAUGCUUGCACAGAAUCUUUGUUUAAUUUAGACAAGGCAAAAAUCUACAAAUAUAUAUUGGUGACUGGGCAUUUAUGCUGCAAGGCAAGACUUAUCCUUUGUCCCUGCUGAUCAUCUAAUAACUAUGCAAAAGAGAAUGGUUGUAUACAUGUACCCCAAAGGAAGGCGAGUGUUUGUGUGUUAACCUGUAAUUAAUAAAUUAAAACUCAUUUGAUGUUUUAAUUGCUGCCUCACACAUGUUUUUUUACAGAGCAGUGGCAUUGUGGGUGUGGGAUUCAAAGUAAUUUAGUGUGUCUGUGUGUGUGUUUGCAUGUACAGUAUGUGUGAGCGUGAGACACAGAAAGGUGGGCAUUAGGUUCAGAAGUUUUUGUAUUUUAUAUUUGAAUGUAAUUUACUGAAUUUUGCUCAUAAGUUUGCAAUAAAAGCAAGAAUCAAAAUCA